UGACAUCUAGAUUGCGGUGGAGCUGGGAGCGACUGGGACGCUGAGAAAAGAAAGAGAAGUCAGAGCUAGAGCUCACGAUUUUUUAGUAUCUAACAAAAAAAAAAAAAAAAAAAAAAGGCGCAACAGAAAGGCGCAGCGAAUUCCGCACGGUUUGCAGUUUGGAUGCCUAAGCUUCAGCACGGACUUUUACUGCCUCUUUGGAAAUGUAGUUGCAGUCUUGAGGGAAUCUCAAGAAGACAUUUGUUCUCAGUAGUUGAUGAGAGAAGUGAAAGCCGUUGAGGCUCCGUUUCCUGUGUUUGCCAGCGCGCUGCAGCUGGGCUGAAGAAGCCCCGCAGGGCUGCCCGAGCUCCGGUCCUCCUUCCCCGCUUCAAACCACAGCCAGUCCGCUGCCAGUCCGCUGCCAAAGUCGGUGGAAGAAGAAAAAAAAAAUCAAAAUGUGCGACCUGAUGCCAGCCUCCCAGCCCGCGGAGAAAAUCGGCAAAAUGAAAAAGUUGAGGCGAACUUUGUCUGAGAGUUUCAGGAGUAUUGCUUUCAAGAAAGAGGACAGUGGCUUUGAUGAGAUAUGUGUCACAAAGAUGUCCACACGCAGCUGUCAGGGAACAGACUCGGUCAUCAAGCCCCUGGACACCAUCCCUGAGGACAAGAAGGUGAGAGUUCAGCGCACGCAGAGUGGCUUCGACCCGUUUGAGAAGCCGGCCAGCCAGGUGAAGAGAGUCCACUCUGAGAACAAUGCCUGCAUCAACGCCAAGAGCUCAUCUGCCGGCAAAGAGUCGCCCAAACUGCGCCGGCACUCCAGCCCUAGUUCUCCCACAAGCCCCAAAUUUGGAAAGGCAGAUUCCUAUGAAAAGCUGGAGAAACUGGGAGAAGGUUCAUAUGCUACAGUUUACAAGGGAAAGAGCAAGGUGAAUGGGAAACUAGUGGCUCUGAAGGUAAUUCGUCUGCAAGAGGAGGAAGGAACGCCCUUCACAGCCAUAAGGGAAGCAUCUCUUCUGAAAGGCCUGAAGCAUGCCAACAUUGUGCUUCUCCAUGACAUCAUCCACACCAAGGAAACCCUGACUCUGGUCUUUGAAUAUGUGCACACAGACCUGUGCCAGUACAUGGAUAAACACCCUGGGGGACUCCAUCCAGACAAUGUGAAGCUCUUCCUGUUCCAGCUGCUGAGAGGCCUGUCCUACAUCCACCAGAGAUACAUCCUUCAUCGUGACCUGAAACCACAAAACCUGCUCAUCAGCGACACUGGAGAGCUCAAACUCGCUGACUUUGGCCUGGCCAGGGCCAAGUCGGUCCCCAGCCAUACCUACUCCAACGAGGUGGUGACCCUGUGGUACCGGCCUCCAGAUGUCCUGCUGGGAUCCACGGACUACUCCACCUGUCUGGACAUGUGGGGAGUGGGCUGUAUUUUCAUUGAGAUGAUCCAAGGAGUGGCUGCCUUUCCUGGGAUGAAGGACAUUCAGGACCAGCUGGAGAGGAUAUUCCUGGUCCUUGGUACUCCAUCUGAGGAUACAUGGCCCGGUGUUAACUCCCUGCCUCAUUUUAAACCAGACCGCUUUACAGUGUACAGCGCCAAGAAGCUCAGACAAGCUUGGAAUAAGUUGGGCUACGUAGACCACGCUGAGGAGUUGGCCUCCAGGUUCCUCCAGUGCUUCCCAAAGAACCGGCUGUCAGCCCAGGCAGCGCUGAACCACGAAUACUUCAGCAACCUUCCUCCACGGCUCUGGGAGCUGCAGGACAUGUCUUCUAUCUUCACCGUACCAAAUGUCAAGCUGCAGACUGAGAGUGGGGACAGCAUACAGGUGUGUGCACGAAGGAACAGUCAUGGAAAGGCAUCCUCUGGCAGCAAACACUGACCUGAGGCAGCAUCCUGCACAUGACUGCCUGACAGGUGGCUGUCUUGAAAAAAAAGAUGAAGACAAAGAUGCUGACAUUGAGGAUCCAGACAAAUGAAAGAGCCCCAGUUCUCUUUAUUUAUUACCUUCACAAUAUGUGUGAGCGUGUGUGUGUGUGCGUGUGUGUGUGUGUGUGUGUGUGUGUGUGUGUGUGUGUGUGUGUGUGUGUGUGUGUGUGUGUGUGUGUGUGUGUGUGUGUGUGUGUGUGUGUGUCUGUGUGUGUGUGUGUGUGUGUGCGCACAUGACAGAGAGUGAGCAUUGAGCAUGUGUGUAUUAUGAACGGUACCUAAGAUUUCAGGCUAUCAUUUGCAAAUUUUGUUUACUUUUUAUAAGGUUCCAAUAACUCCUAUAUCAUUGUCACAGUAUAAACAAAAGGACUUUACUAUUGGUACAUAUGGUGUUUUGUGUUUGUAACUAGCCUCCUAUUUAAGAAUGUAUAUUUGUAUGUAUGAUAUACUCAUCUAGAAACUAUAUAAUGGACAGUUUUAAUAUUGCUUCACCUUCUCACCACUAUACUGCUUUUGCCAAGACACAACACUCAGCAAACACAAAGGAGACACGCACAUGAGCAAAAACACAUCUAUAAAACAGAAAAAGAUCAAAGAAGACAAUGAAUCCUAAAGAGUCAGUUUUCCAUCUUUUUCUAAACAGGUUGAAGUCUGAUUUGUGCAACUGUAGACAAUAAUAAAAAUAAUCAUUUUAAUAAUAAUGAUGAUGGAGGGCUUUCAGGUGAUGUAACACAUCCUCUGGCAGCCAUAUUGGAGGUCCUCAGUUCUUUAAUGCCUGAGAGCAGCUGUUGUUUUAAAUGUACAACUCAGCUGACUCAGCAGUCUCAGCAUGUUUACUUUGCAUCUGCUUUAAAGGUUGAACUUCUUACUAAAUGACUGGUAUAUGUGUUAACUGUUGUAAUUGUCAGGCAACUGUUGCCAUUUUGGCAUCAACAAAUCUCAUGUAAACACUGCGGCACAUAUCUUGUAGGUAGCAGUAAAUAGCAGCUAGUAGUUGUAUAUGAACAUAUUGAUCUUUAUCCGAUAUUCUUCUUUCCCUCCUAAUUUGCCAGCUGAAGAGGGUUGAACACAUGUAAACACGUUUCUUUUACAGCCUUAUUUUGGAAGUUCUGAUCAUCAUUCCCAUCCAUUAUCUGAGCAUUUUAACAAAUGUUGUAAUUAACUGACUGUACUGUAAAACUGUGUGCAGUCACAUGAAAGGUCAAAGGAAUAAGUAGCUUACAGUGGACAUUUUGUUCAACUUUGGGCUUGAUUGAAGUGUAGGUCUGCACCAUGUAUUACUGAGAGUAGGGAGGUGUUCACAUCAAUGACGUACACUUUUUAUGAUUGUCCUUUGCAGUGCUGAAACUAAAAUUGCAUCCAAAUGGUCUUUCCCUCAUUGAAAACCAUUUCAAAAUUUGUAAAACGACAGUUCUGUUUUCUUGAAAUGUGGUUAAAAUUAGCACCACAUUUGGAUGGAAACUUGCAAAAGCUAUUUUUAUUUGUGACAUUAUCACAGCUCAAGGAAAGGUACACUAAUGUGCAUAUGUGCAGGGCCACAAAGUGCAUAAAAACAGAAAGCAUUUUGUCACAUUCACCGGGUUAGCAAUUGGUAUCCACUUCACUGCAACACAUCCACUGGCUAAUUGUGCAUACAUUUGCCAUCAUUUUCACUUCAAAAUUAUAAUGUAGUUUAUACCUGGAUUGAAUUAUUGGUACUCUAGUAUAGUGGUGGUUAUUCUGGAUAUAUAUAUAUAUAUAUAUAUAUAUAUAUAUAUAUAUGGCAUCAAAAUUACAGUUAAUCAAAGGUUAUCAUAAUGCAUGAGAAAGAUGGUGAACACUCCCAAAGUAAAGCCCUGGUUUUAGGAAAAUCCGGAUGAUAAUGAGUCUCCUUUAAUUUUCCAGUGGACCUCCAUGAUGGAACCAGAUCUGGCUAAUAGGAAUCUUGUGUUGCAACUUGAAAAGCCUGUCUGCCACAAAUGAUCUCUGCUGGAGGUGUUGACGGUGUAAACAGAACACAACAGGGACAGCACCAACUGGUGUGCAUAAGAAUAUUGAUGCAAUACAUGAUUGUCAACAUCUGUGUGCCUGAUGAGAACAUAUGCUAGUGUGUGUGAGUGUAUCAAACAUGGGCAAUAGCUAAGCAUUGGUGCUUCCAUCCAUGUAUAUGAGCUAAUGUACAAACGAUAAGACACCAAGACAAUAGGCUGUGCAGCCUGUUGUUCCAGCCCACGACAAUCCUCGUUUCUCUUUAUCUGAUACCAUCAAAAGAUCUGCAAUAUUAUGUCAGAAACGAUGAAAGAUGAUCUGUGUCAAACCUGCAACUUUUUGUUCAAUUCCUGAGUCAAAUGUUGCAACUGAUCUAGAGCUUUAGUUAUCUGACAAAUUAGGCGAGUGUAGGGAUGAAUGAUUUGCAGUGUGUGUGUGUGUGUGUGUGUGUGUGUGCUGCAUGUGUAUUGUAGUUGGUGAAGAACUUUGAUCCGUCCCUAUACCACCAGCAUAUGCUCUCAUAUGCAGAGACCUUACCCAUAUGUGUGCCCCUAAAGAUGAUACAUGUUCUAAUGUUUUGGAAAAUUUUUAUGACACCAUGUCCAACGUCAGCUGUAUAAUCUAGUCUCAUCUGCAAAGAUGUUUAUAAUGGGUUUGGUCUUUUUUUGAUGUUUUGUGUGAAGAUAUCUGAAUAUUACAGCUUAGACGUAUGGUGAUAAUUGUGAAGUACUAUCAAUACAAUGACUUCCUCUUUAUCAGUCAGUUUGGAAAUAACUGAAAUAAUAUUAUUGGCCCUGCACUGUUGUUUAGCCAAAAAAAAAAGACAAGGCUGCAAAUCUGAUGCCAUGGAGAAAUAGAAGCUGUGGAUACUUAUCAUGUCACUCCACGGCCUCAGAAACUCACACAUGCAAACACAUACGCAUAUUAUAGAUGUCUUGCCUGCUGGGAUAAACCUGUCACACCCAUAUAGUCUCGUCAGCUACAGUACAGUAGAACCCUGCAGCCCCUUCAUGUCCCCCUCCAGCUGGAUUUUGCUUUGCAAUGUGUCAUAUUCAAGGAUGGCUUUGGAUUUUUUCAUGUCUGUCUUUAAUACAGCACUUCUGUAAUGUAAUCAUUCCUCUUCUCCAUUCCAGCCAUUAGGUGGUACUUUUAUAACUUGGGUAAAAAGUAAGAAGUAGCAUUCCAUAUCCCAGCUGUAGCUCAUAUGAGUCCUAAUUGAGUAGUUAUAUUCAUACAGGCAAUUAAGUCUAUUCUGAGGAGCUGGUUGAACCAAACCAGAGCUAAAAUGACAUUUGAUAGUUGGGAUGUUCAUGUGUUUCUGGUGCUGAAUGUGUUUACAGGCAGUUGUUUGCUAACAUUUUAGCCAUAAAAUUGAUCACACAUUAAGAUGAUCAAGACUCGUUAUUGACUAGUGUGAAUUUUGCAUACGUGGAAACCAUCAAAAGGCCUUUAGACAUAAUUCUGCUCCAAUGAAGACACAAAAAAGAAUGGCAAACAAAAACAUUAGAUCUGCGUGGAGCAAUUAUACAUAAAAGAAUCAGAAACGUGGUAUUUCCGUCAUGUUUUCUCGAGGGUUUUGCCUCUUUUAGAUUGUGAUAAAUGCACCAAACUGGAGAAUUACUGCCACUAAUUGGUCAUCAUGAUGCACCCAACUCCUGAAAUUCAUGUCAGUAGUGAAGUUUUUCUAAACUGGAUUUUUAAUAUUUGUUCUACAUUUGAAGAAUAGAAAUGAUCUCAUAAUAUUGAAUCUUGACUUGAACUUUGGAAUGCAUUUUUGCAAGGAUCAGCAUCUGUGGAUCUUGCUCCCUGUCCUUUACAGAGGUAGUCACUUGACAAAGGGAUCGUUUGGAGACCAAGUGGUGAGAGGAAAGGUGAUUACAGUGAGCUAUAAUACUUUCACUACACAAAUAGAAUGCAAGUAUUGUGUUAAGAUAGACUUGAAAAUGUGUGAACCCAUCCUUUAAAGAGGAAAACCCAGUGACGAGAAAGAGCUGGAGUCAUGCAGAGCUUUGACAUUUUAUCGAGACUGUGUUCCAAAUCCAGCUUCUUCGACCACAGAGAGAAGUGACUCUGAGGCAAAAUAAGUGAUUAUGGGCUAAACUCUCCCAACAGCGUUUUAAAAUGCACUUUAAAGAAAAAUCAUUUUGCCCUACAUUCCAGCAAGUAUGGUCACUUUAAAGCACUGGCUUUGCCAUUAAUGAUAAAUAUAUGAAUAUAAAUAUCUACCACCGUGCUUUGCCUGAUACAGCGCAAACUGGCCUUCCUCAUAAAUGUAAAUAUUGUCCCCGGUUUUGAACUUUUACCACAGAUUGAGGAGAGCUCGUAAAAAUGCUGUACUUGAAGUUAUCUCGCGGCUUUUCAGUGUCAUCCCUAGGCUGUGAUUGUGCGGCAGAAAAAAGGGGAGGAGAGGCAGUGGGUAAUGCCAGUAAAGCGGCGUGACAGAAGAGGGUUAAUAACAUCGAGCUCUGCUAAGAUUGCCCAGCCUCGUGUGGCUUUAAGGGAUUGCAGGCAGUAUUAGCAGCUGAAUAAUUAUUUUUGGUAUGUUUCGCCUUGUGUGCACACUUUCAGUGUGGCACAUAUUGCUUCUUUCACCCCCCCAACACUCUUCUGUGGAGUUUGGCAGCCUGCAGUCUUGUAUAAAACUUAUAUUUUUGAGUCCUGUGUGGGCUGAGUUCAAACUUUGUUCAAACAUGAAUGUUCUUCAUAUAUUUCAUAUACAGUCCAGUGACGGAAAGAUUCAGUGGAGUUGCACAUUUAGCACUGUGACAGAAAAAAAGAGAAAUCAGCAGAAACAUCAAAGGUGGAAAAUGAUGAGGUGAUGACAAACCUUCUAUGAAGUCAAAUAGUGAUGCUUCCACUAUGUUUGUAUACAGGGUUGUCCCCGUAAUGCUAUUAAAGAGAGCUCAUAUAUGAAUAUGCAUAUAUGAUGAAUAUAAAUAUGAGGUAUCUAUUUUUGGCAUUCUUCAUCAUGUGGAUAUAAGUGGUAUGAGUAGGAAAAGCCUCUAGGUUGGAUCCAACAUGCAUCCUCGCUGUGCUCAAUGAGUCUGUGUUUGCUACUUUUUUUCAAUGAAGCUUCUCUCGUGGUUUGGUUUUCUUUUUGUACGCUGCACUGAAAAUACAUCAUUUUCACAAGUGGUUUGGAAAACAGAAGUGUCACCAGUCACUUCAUCAAGUGAAAUAAUAUAUUAUACAGUAGAAUAGCCCUUGCAUUAUUUGUUACGACCUCUAUGUAAUGUUAUUAUGGAAGAUGUAAUGUCCUUCUGUAAAUGUUGUUUAAUGUUGUUUUACCUGAAAUAAAAUUUAUUAAUGCUUCA